CUCUGGAGUUCGCCUGGUCAAGGAUUGAUUCCCAGGCUUUUGACUUCAUAAUGUUCGUACGGCACGGGCGUAUCUUAAAAAGGACACUCCAAUACAUCGCAAGGCGUGUACACGACGGCACCUCCAAGAUACACGGUGCCGCCUCUGCACGACCUUUCGCCAUAUCGUCUGACCUGCUGUCGCCAAGUAUUAUCAGUCACUGCUGCACACACGCAUCCAGCCUGCUGAUAGUGACCAGAGGUUUCAGCAGUUUCGAAGACAGGAAAGAGUUCUGGAAAGACGCUCUCUCCAGGAUGGAGUUCUACCUCGCCGACAGUGGCCCGGGAGGACUUCCUUGCCGCAUUGACCUCGGAGACGAGAAGGAAGCGCGACUCAGAGACCAACCGAUGAGCGACUCCAUAACCGAGGCCGACGGCAUCAAUGGCGUGCUACAUGAAGAAACAAGAGACGCAGGCUCCGAGAGUGUGUCGGAGUCAGACUCGAGGAGUGCGACGAGAAAAACAGACGAGCCGGCGACUCCGUUGGGAGGGGAAGGAGAACAAGCUCGCAAAGAAGAAAUGGACAGAGACCAUUGGCCGACCUCCAGCGGUGUUGAUCUCACAGAGACGCGCCAAGCAGAGGAUGAGAAUACUGUCAAGUCCCACUCGGAAGAAACUAUGUCUAGACGCCCACUCUAUGACAACGGCAUGCCGGCCAAGGACGUAUCACCCAUGCCAGCCGAACCAACAACGUCACCGGAGCAUCAGGCUGAUCACGAUACACAACAGACUAAUCUGCACGAGGGCAUGAGGCAAAGAGAUGCCCGUGAUGAUGCGUCUAUCCCGAUGACUAGACCCUUCCCCGGCGACGCCGGCGUCCAUCCACUGAGAACGACAGAAUCGCCAGCCACGCUAACACCCACAAUCGAGCCUGACCGCCUCCAGGGAGGCGGAGACAUCGUGGUAGUGACGGGUGGGUCAGGCUUCCUCGGACAACACAUCGUGAAGCAGAUACACGAGCGCGCUAGUCACGUGUCCGAGAUCUGGAUUUAUGACGUCAAGAAGUUCGAACGGAAACUUGACUACCAAGAGACCAAAAAAGUCAAAUACAUUGAAGGGAGCGUCACUGAUGCCAAGUUUUUGGCGCAUUCCUUGAAGGGCGCCACUUCUGUCAUUCACGUCGCCGGGCUCAUCAGUUGGGGGACGUUUCCGGAUUUUCAAGGCAUGGAGGAGGUCAAUGUCAAAGGAACUCUGAACGUGGUGAACGCCUGUUUGGAGAACAACAUCCAGAGACUUGUUUACUGCAGCACCGUCGAUGUGGCUAUAGGCAGCGAGCCCAUCAGGGGCGGCGACGAGACCAACACCCCAGUUCCAGACAAGUUUCUCUUCCCAGGCUACCCAGACACCAAGUUUCACGGGGAAAGAAUUGUCCUGGACUCGGCGAAUCUCAAAACGAGUGAUGGAAAACAUGUUCAGAGUGUAAUACUGAGAGCUAACGUCUGCUAUGGAGAGCUCGAUACCAGCUACGUCACCAACGCCUUGAGGUCAGCCGAGAAGAACAAAGGGAUUCUACAACAGAUUGGCGAUGGCACGGCCAUGUUUCAACAAGCCUAUGUGGGUAACACUGCCUGGGCUUUCGUCUGCGCAGACCUGGCUAUGAAGAAGAACCCAGAUCUGAGGAAAGAGAUAUUCUACAUCCCUGACAACACCCCCAUACAGAACAUCUUCAAUUUCAUACGGCCCUACCUCGAGGCUAACAAUAUGAGACUCUCCGACAAGAGCAUUUCCUACCCUCUGGUCUAUGGAGCUGUUUCAAUCACAGAAAAACUAGUAAAAGGGUUGUCUCCACUAGUGAGGCUCAGCUUACCCUUCCAAUCACACACCAUUGCCUAUAUAAACACAGACUUUUACUUCUGCGGGGCUAAAGCUAAAAGGCUUUUGGGUUUUGAGCCGAUUUACUCUCCCAAUGAGGCUAGGGUGCUUUCCAUGAAGUACUAUACCAACAUGGACAGGAACAGAGAAACUCCCAUUUAAUAUUGAUUAAUUUCUACUACAUCUUGUUAAAACAUUUCAAAAAAAAGAAAUAAAAAA